AUGGCGAAAUCCAAAUCCGACAACCCCAAAAACGGGUCGGCUCCCGAUCGGAAUCCGCGAUCCCCCUCCGACCGCAAGCCGCACGUCCCCCAAACCCCCAAAUCCUCAUCCAAACGCGCCGCGGACGAGGGAUGCCGGCGCCAAAGCCUCGGUACCGGCAGCAAGAGGCCCAAGAUCGGAGAGAUGGAGAAAGGGUUUUCCGGCACCCUGUCCAAGAACUCCGGAAUCCGCAAAGAUCCUGUUUUUGUGAAGGGCGAAAGCUCGAACAAGGCUGUGAAGAUGGAGCCAAAGGAGACUUCGACGUCUGCCCCUUUCCCUCGCCCUAAUUUCACAUGCACCGGCGUUGUUUGUCGCCGUCUGUCUUAUCUGAGCGAGAUGGAGUCUCUUGGGCCCGCCUCCAUUGAUUACCGUUCUGUGUUGCAAGAAGAUGAGUAUCACAGGCUGGCUAAUUCCACCAUUCAUGACUUGCUCGAGAAGCUUGAGGAUUAUGGUGACACUGUGGAGAUCGAUGGGUUUGACGUAGACUAUGGGAACGAAGUCUUAACCUUGAAGCUCGGUAGCUUGGGAACUUAUGUAAUAAACAAGCAAACACCAAAUAGACAGAUUUGGAUGUCCUCUCCAGUGAGUGGUCCGUCUAGGUUUGAUUGGGAUCAAGAUGCUCGAUCUUGGAUUUACAGGCGAACAAAGCAAGACUUGUUCAAACUCUUGGAAAAUGAGUUGCAAAAGCUGUGUGGGGAAUUCAUCAGCCUUUCUUAA